AAGGUCAUGCUUUUUUGUUUGUUAUAGUGAGUGUUGCUACUGGCUUUGCAGCAGUGUCAGUCAGUUUUUCAGAUAUAUGAAUUUCUUCCUCCAGUAAAGAGCAUUAUUGCUGUAAAUAGCAGUUUUUACUGGGUCCUAAACACCUGCCAUGAACUCACUUUACCAUAAAUGUCUCAAUCAUCAACUUUGGUAGGAGUGUUAUCAUGCUGAGAUCUGACAGAGUCAGCACAUAUACACUAUUACACAGUAGCUAUCUAACUUCAGCGUUUCCAACUGCAGCCACCUAGUGGAUAGAGAAACAAGACUAAAACAAGACUGACCAAAAUAUUAUUUUACUGUAAUGUGGGAUCAUAAAAAGUCUGACAAUUGAUCUUCUUUUCCUUUCACCAUGGUAAUGACUUUAUUACUUCUUUGGUAGUUCAGAUGUUACAUUUCAGUCCUCUUGAAGUGAUAGAGAUGCCCUUUCUUAUUAAUGUGGUUCAAAGCCACAUCUUUUGCAUAUGCAAGCUACACAAACACUUCCUUCUCUCUCUAAGUCAAGGAAGCGUUUAAAGACUGAACUUGUCAGUGAUGUGCACCACUGUUCCUCAGUAGCUCAGCUGGACUGUGAACUCACCAUGUUUUUCCACUGUGAGCUGGUCGUACUGAUACUUGCACUGACUCUCAAUGGUCAAGUUCAUACAGGGGAAAUCUAUGGAGGCCAUGAGGCUAAGCCACAUAGCAGGCCAUACAUGGUGCUGUUGGAGCGGCACAUGCAGAAUGGUCAAACAUCUUACUGUGGUGGCUUCCUCCUGAACAAGGAUUUUGUGAUGACUGCAGCCCACUGCCAAGCCAAGUCCUACACAGCCUUACUAGGAGUUCACAAUGCCCAUAACUGUGCAGGGGUACAGCGUAUACCUGUGAAAGCAGCAUUUCCACAUAAAGACUACAAUGAAACUGAAUACACAAAUGACAUAAUGCUUCUUAAGUUGAGCUCUAAGGCACAUUUUAACAACAAUGUGAGAUCCAUUGCUCUCGCAGACCGAGAUGACGGCUCUCUGCCAAAAUCAUGUUCAGUCUCCGGCUGGGGAAGAAAUGACAGAAACUCAAAACAUAUGUCUCUGACGCUCAUGGAAGUCAAUGUAACACUCACUGAAAAUGAGUCGUGUUGUGAGAAAAAGACGUACUGCUCUGAGGGAGAGGCUGGACCGGGUGAGGGAGACUCUGGUGGUCCGUUGGUCUGUAAAGAUGGAAAGGUGUAUGGGGUGGUGUCUGCCUCACGCGAAACAAACCCAGAUGGCCCGUAUGUCUACUCCUACACUAAGAUACCAGAGAAUGCAGACUGGAUUAAUUGGAUUACUGGAAAUAAUGGAAACUUCUGAAGCAUCAGAUCACAACAUCUGAAUUUCAGGUUAUUGUGUAAUAUUGCUAGUAUCUCCGCUGAUUCCAUUAUCACAGAGACCGCCAAAUUAAAUCCUGGACUUUCUGGCUUAACACAAAUGUAAUCAAAAUAUGCUUUGCUUUGAUGAUAUCAAUUUCAUUUUAUUGACAGUUGAAUCAAGAGACUGAGAAUAGUGUAUGCUGCUGUAAUAUCUAUUCUUUUCAUACACAAUAUACCCUUUGCUCUCAAAUACAUUAUACAUACAUACAUACACACACACACACACCUUUGUUCAUUUUCUCUCAACUUCUCAACUUUGUUUUGCACCAUCUUUUGAAACAAUAAACUUGCUCUCUCUCAGUGUUCUCUCAGUACCUCUGUACUUGUACAAGCACAUUUUGGUUUUAAUGUUGAGAUUGUUUAAGUAUUAAAAAAGGUCUCUUUGCUUUAUUACCACUCCACAUUUAGCUGGAGCAUCCUUAAACCCAACAAAUCUAAGAUGACACAGUAAUGAAACAAAUAACAGAUAAUUAUGUACUGUCAGUAUACUUGUGCUGAGCAAAAUGUAAGGACAGCGUAAUCCUGCUGCUGUGUUACAAUGAGCAACACAUGAAAUUUAUACAUACAAGACAGAAAGAUUUGUUGCAAGGUCCUCUGUCAACAGCAAGUGGUGUGGAUCAGGAGGGACAGGUGGUGUCAGUAUAACACAGGUGAAGCACACUGCACUGAUAUCAUCACAUAUUGAGAAGGGAAAUGGAUUACUCUGCCUCCUUAGAAAGAUGGGCGUUUUCACUGAGAGAAACUUCUACUUAACACCUCUGAAAGCUGUCACUGUGUUUUGGAAGCAAGUGACAGCUUUCAGAGGUGUUAAGUAGAAGUUUCUCAUAUUUACAUGUCUAUCCAUUACAUCCAUUCAAGUUCACAGUUAAGUUUAGACCUGAUAUUACAGAUGCCAUAUCUCAGUUAAUACAAGAAAUCCGCUCAUCAGGGCCUGUAGUAUGACUUUUAGGACUACAAACCCAAAUAAUAAUUGUUAAAGUCAAGUGGACUGCCUUCACUGCAGCAUACAUUAUGGUGAGAUUCACAGUAUACAGAUAGUCCUAGCCUAAUGUUAUCAGUGGAAUAAUAGUGUGUUGCGUUGAUUAACAAUAUUAGCAUGUUUCCGGCUCUUAUAUUAGAUUACCAUUAAAUGAAAAUGUAGAAUGCAAAAUCCUGUAAUGGCUGGAUGGACUAUUAAAAGGGGUGCCGAACAUUAAGUGAGGAUAAGAGCUUUUUGUGGCCAGAAACAUUCACAAUAUGCAUGAUGAGGUCUUUUCACAUUUCAGUAUAGCAGCACAUUAAUAGUGCAAACACUACAUGACAGCCUACUUUAGUUACAUCACUG